AUGUCCUAUCCCCGGUGCGCAAGGCCUGGCAGAGCCCCAGCCCGCAGGGCGCGGGAGGGAGGGAGUGGGGACUCCCUGCUCACUCAGGACAUAGCCUGGGAACCCGGAGCCAGGCGGAGGGCGGUGACUCGAACACUGUCCUCUGUCCCCCUCCAAGCAGCCUGCGCGGCCACUGCAUGGGGCUGGCUUGAAAGGAUCCAGGACUCCGCCGUGUCCCAGAGACUUUUGGGCCUGGCCUUCUCCACGCUCCCAGGGGUGCUGGUGGAGGUCGUCGGGCGAGUUGCAGCCCUCUGGCUCGCACGUGAGUCCGGACACGGUCCAAGCGCUUCCCGGGAGCUGGGCGGCCAGUGCCGGGCUCGGAGGGCAGGAGGCGGAGCCGAGGCUGGGGCGCAGCCGGGAGCCGCCCCAGGGGGAGGGACCGACAGGGACCGGGAGGGACCGGGAGGUCCCGGAGCCCAGCGCGCCGCCGGGGAGGAGGGAGCCCGGACAGCAGCCGCGGCCGCGUGCUCAGCCUGUCCCCGCCCAGGGAAUCGGAGCCACCAACUAACUCCGCCCGGCGCCCGCGGGGGCUCGGGCUUCCGUCCCGGAGAGAGCCUGCGGCCGCGCAGGUUCCGAAUGAUGACUGACGCGGGUCUGCGCGAUAGCCCUCACAGCCCCUGUCAUUGGGAGCGAUAAGGACCUC